UCAGGAAACGCACGGUUUGCAUAAACGAGCUUGGAAAGUAGGGUGAAACGAAAACAAAUUUAGCAGCAGAAGAGCUUUCUUGUCACCCCGUAAGUUUACUCUGACAUUUAGCUAUUGAAAACAGCGAUUUAAAGCCGCCGUCAAUCUUUACCUAGCUAACUAGCGCCUAGACAUACCUAAAAAGUAGCGUUAGCCAAGUAACGUUACAGUAAACAAACAAGGGACUAAAGUCACAGCACAGCCAUGGCAGAUGAAAGUACACAGUUCUGUGCCAAUUGUCAGCAUGACAUUCCAGAGGCUAAUUUCACUACUCAUGAGAUUCACUGUUGCCGGAACAUUGCUCUGUGUGAGGUGUGCCAAGAGCCAGUGCCCCGUUCAGAUCUUCAGCAGCACAAGGAGCAAGAGCAUAUGCAGGUGAAAUGUAAGUGUGGUUUAAAGGUUGAGAAAAGCCAUAUCGAAUCCCACCAGAGCUCUGAGUGCAAUCAGCGGAUGGUGCCGUGUCAGUACUGUGACCUGGAGCUGGUUUUCAGUCAAUCUAAGGAGCAUGAGGAUUAUUGUGGGACGCGCACAGAGCCCUGUCCAUUCUGCAUGUGCAAUGUAAUGUUGAGGGAGCAGGCUGUCCACCCAGCCUGGUGUGGUAGCCUCACGCCUCCUCAAGAGAGGAACAACAGCCGGGCAAGUCACAGCCCAGCAGAGCCCCAGUCCCCAGGAGCCUGGUUUGAAGCCUACUCCAUCCGUAACCUGUUUAGGGCCAAGGAGGGAGGAGGCCACAAGAACAACAACGCCAGUGCAUCUGACCGCAGGGCCCUACCACGGCCCCUGGAGGCCAGAGUGCACAACAGCACCCGGGGGCAAGUGGGCCUGGGAGGAAGGGUGAACAUUGCCCCUAGGAAUACAGACUUCAGCCACUUACUGGAACAAGAACCAGCAGUGCUGGGCAACAACAAUUACAGCAUAGCACCAUUGGCCUCAUUGGCAUGGCCUGCAGGCCAAUCACUGGGAGAGGACUCUGCCAACCUGGACUACCUGCUGGCCCUCAGCCUGCAGAGUGAUGGGGACACAGGGGAUCUAGGGGGAGGAGAGGGGGCCUUGUGGACGGAUGUCUGGGACCACAAACUUGGAAGGAUGUCCAACACCGGCUCCCUCAUCCCUCCCAUCUCUCCCCCUAACAACUACCAACAAUUCACCACAGGCACCAAUACAGACCAUGACCAGACAGACACCAUGUUGCCCUGUGAGUUCUGUGAGGAUCUGUUUCCUGAAGUGGACCUCAUUUUACACCAGACUGGCUGUAGUCCAGCCUCAGCCUUUGCAUCUUUCAGCAAGCGUCCUCCAUCUCCACGCUAUGAUGACAGGAUUGCUAGGGGUGCUGGUGGUCUACUGCACAUCCCACCUGACACCCCUUACUUCCCCACCUUCCCCCCUUCAGUCUCCCCGCUCUCCUAUAGUUUACCUGCCAGUCCACUAGAGGGGGAUGUGGUUAUUCCUUGUGAGUUCUGUGGAGUGGCCCUGGAGGAGGCCGUUGUCUUUCACCACCAGGAUAAGUGUGACCUCCGACCCGGCACUGCUCACUCAGUGGAUAAGGUCAACAAAGUGUCCUUUCAAAAACAAUCUCUUCCUCCCAAAGAGAGCUGUGGACGGAUCUCUCCUGAGGUGCAGAGGAGACUCGAGCACCAAUUGGACCCCUUCGGUGGGCUGGAUGGAGAGAGGCCCCCGGUGCGAAGCCCAAACGAAUGGCAGAGAGACCACAGUGGGCUGCCUAUUACAGGGAAGACCUCAAACUGUGAUCCCCAGGUGAAGAACAGACUCCAGCAUGGCAGAGAGGCAGAUGGGGGCCACUCACUUUUCACUGCAGGCCACAAAUCCAACUCUGCAGCAGCUGUGGGACCACCCCUAAGAGAAAAUAAUGGGGGAAGAAGGAAUAAGUUACCAAGGAAUGCAGGGCCAUCAAAGGUGCCUAAGAAGCAAAACAAAGAAAAGGAAGAGGAGUGAGGGCAAGACUGAUUAAGAGACUGUCGAUGGAAAGAGCAACAGGCAAUCACCAAAUGCAUUUUGUGUGAGCUUUAAAAGUGGUGGUGUUCCUGGCUGACUACAUUGAAGACGCCUCCGAGAUCUCACCAUGCUUGGGUUGUUGUUUAACACUCUGAUGCCCAACUGCGCAGCAGAUGACGUGGGGCGCAACCAGUGGUUGAUGCAAUCCAAUAUAGUUGGCCUGGAACACGACCAGUCUCUUUAUUGCUUGUGUGUGUGUGUCGGUAUGUUUCAGUCGCUCUACCUUUUAAAGUAUAAACAGUCAAACUGAAAUCUUUGUGAUUCCAAUAUUUUGUUUUAACUUUCAGCUUCUUAUUAUAAUCCUUUCAGUUUUAAACUGUUUUAUAUAAGUUGUAUAGAAUUUCGAAAACCCCCCUUAAUAUACUCUUGAAAAACCUAUGUAAAAAUGUAUAUGUAAGAAAUCUUCAAGAUCCACUAAGUAAUUGUACUGUUCUCUGAAUAAUUGAAAAUCAAUGAUAAUGUAUUUAUUUAUCUAAGUAUUAUUUGUAUUUAGGGCUGCACCUAUAAAACAGUAGUUUUUUUAUAUGCUUUGAUGUUAUCUUCAUACUUUUAAUAAAUCCUAGUAUUGAUGCUUUG